AUGACGGCGGGCUGGCGUCGUGGUUUUGGGUUUCCACACUGGUUAUAUGAUCACUGUCAGGAAAAGGGCUACAUAUUUAUCGGGGCCGAUUACCGGCUUUGCCAUCCGACCACGGCCCUUGAUCAAAUCGAAGACGUGAAGCAGUUAUUCAAAUUCCUUUCAGAUGGAAGCUUCGAGACAAGUCUGCCGACGGAUGUGUCUCUUGACAUAAACCGGAUAGCGGUCACAGGUUUCUCGGCUGGUGGCUAUUCGGCCCGCGCGGCGUGCAUAUAUGCUCAGCCCAGGCCAGCAGUACUCAUGACAUCCUUCGGAUCUGCUGGGGACUGGCUUCUGGACCACUGGACGACUGGUCGUCCACCCACCACCAUAGCCAGCCGAGUAGAUCUUGACCAGGUACCAAAACUUCUUGCCGAUCGAACUGUCGUCAGUGAAGACUCACCGAAAAACGGCGUGAUAUCUAAUCGAUUUGCACUCACUGUUCGGUGGGAACUCGAUGGGACUUUCCUCGAUGGUUGCCUUGGAAGACCCGGGCUCGGUGCCAAGCUCAACCAGGUAGAAUAUAAGGAUCGAGCUGCGGCGAUACCCGACGAUCUUAGAAAGGCAUUUUUGCAGCUGUUUGUGACCAAGGAUCACCCGCCUUCCAUUUUCGUACAUGGCACUGCAGAUGAGGUCGUUCCAGACCAGGAGAGUGUGCAUCAUCACGAGCAACUGAAAAAAUUGGACGUGAAGACCGAACUUGUUCUUGUGAAAGAUGCCGGACAUGGGCUGGUGGAUUUGAAAUCUGGGUUUCCACCUAAGCAAGCGCCAGGGUCAACGGAGGCCUAUCAGAGAGCUUCCUCUUUCAUAGAUGAGGUGUUUCAAGCUGUCAAAAUAUGA